CACAGAGACAAGCAGCGUAACCAGAAGGGGUGACAACAGAGGAGCAACUCCAGAGCUGUCUGACAGGCCCGUCAGUAAUGACUCUACUUCUAAUGACAACACUGCUGGUCUCAGGUCUGGUCAGUCUCUCCUCCUCUGUGCCACGUCAGUUCCAUGUGGUGAAGGAGCAGAAGAACUGGACAGAAGCUCAGCAGUACUGCAGAGAGGAGUUCACUGACCUCGCCACCAUAGACGACAUGACAGAGAAUGAGAAGGUGAAGAGCAAGAUCCAAGAUGCAGGUGCUGGAAAUGCCUGGAUUGGGCUGAAGAGGGGAGACUGGCAGUGGUCUCUGGCUGACAGGGAUUUCUACAGAGAGAAUGAAGCAGAGUUCAGGAACUGGGCUCCAGGCCAACCAGAUGAAGGAGGGAACUCCACACAUCCCUAUGUGCUGGUUACUGAGUGGAAGACCUGGGCAGAUGCUCAGAGAUACUGCAGAGAGAACCACACAGACCUGGCCAGUGUGAGGAAUCAGACAGAGAACGACCAGAUAGAGGGAGUUAGAGGAGAUGAAGAAGCCUGGAUUGGCCUGUUCAGAGCUUCCUGGUCAGACGGCAGCAGUUCCUCAUUCCGCCACUGGAAGGAUGGAGAACCUGAUAAUCAGGGUGUGGCGUGCACUGAAAUUGAGCCCAGUGGUCAGUGGAAAGAUGCAGGCUGUAAAUAUCCUAGUAAUUUCAUCUGCUAUGAAGAUGAGCUGGUUCUGGUCCGUGAGAAUAAGACCUGGAGAGAGGCGCUGCAGUACUGCCGAGAUCACCAUGUGGACCUGGUGUCUGUGACGUCCGAGCGGGUCCAGCGCUGGGUGAGUGAGCGGGCUAAAGGAGCCUCCACUGCUCACGUGUGGGUUGGCCUGCUCCACUGCUACAGCCUGGGCUGGUACUGGGUCUCUGGACAGAACGUCUCCUACAACAACUGGACCCCAGGGCACGAGCAGGUGGGGUCUGACCAACACAGACUCGGGGCAGUGGAGUCUGGACGGGGGCAGUGGGUCAGCGACCUGACUAAGACCGACCAACUCAACUUCAUCUGCACCACUGAGGACUCCAAAGAGGUGAAGAGGCAGAUUGUGAGAGUGGAGAUUAAGGUAGCUUCUCAUGUGAACAUCCAUGACCCUGCCGUGCAGCAGGCCUUCCUACAGCAGAUUCAGCAGAGACUGAGGGACAGUGGGAUGCCAGCAGACGCCAAACUGACCUGGAGGAGGCAACCGGAUGGAAAGAUCUUCAAAGAGAAGGAGGAGAAGAAAGAAGAGGGGAGGAAGAGAACUGAGCUCUAAACACUCUGCUGUUGUUCAUGUGACGUAUGAAGUGUGUAAACUGGGAGAUGUACACACUGACGGCACACACAGGGCAGUAAACUGAGUGCUCAGCACAUCUAGUUUGUACUUUCAAACACACAAAAAAGUCUCAGCUGUAAUAAUCCUGGAUAAUCAUUUGUGUUCUGCGUCACUUCCUUUGUGUCCACCAUGACACCCCAACAUAAGCACUUCAACUGAAAUUAUAAACACGUCCACCUGAAAGAAGGAACCAUUUUGGCUCCUCAUUUCAUUACCCGUCUUGGGCUACUGUAUUUUCCGAUCAACUUUUGCAUUUUAGGUUGCAUUUUAGGGUGCCUUUUACGAUCUGGCUAGGGACAACAGCUGGGAAAGUAGAUGUUAUUCUAAGUCAUAUGUUGACGACUCCUAUGUUUGUGUGUGGAUAUUUGAUUUUGAAUCUAUGGUCUAUGAAAAGAAAAAAGAGAUGCUUUAUUAAAGAUAACAAAAAAGUUCUGCUGUUUAUGGCGCUCCACUGUUCAAGUCAAUUCCCCACUAGUGGUGCCCACCUCACACUUUGAGAACCACUGCAUUACAUUCAUUCAUUUUCAUAACUCCAUUACUGUAACCGUCCAAUCCUGCUGUAAACUCUUAUCAGUUUUGUCUUUUGGGUCCAAUGUAUCAAAUGUUCAUGGGAUUUGUUUUAAAAACUUUGGACACAGCCCUGCACAGCAUCCCCGGAGUUAUAGCUACCUGUGACUAAUCACUAA